AGGAUCCAGAGAGCACUGGUCCAGUCUUGUUCACCAUGAAGAAGCUUGUGGUUCUACUUAUCCUCUCUAUCAUUGGAGGCACUCUGGCUUUUGAUACAUGUUCUAGUGAAAAAUGUGAAGAUUCGUGCAAGAAUCGCUGUGGACACAAACCUAACAAAAAGUACAGCUGUCAGUGCAAUGAGCCCUGUGAAAAGUUUGGUGACUGCUGCGACGAUUACUCAUUUUGUAAAUAUAUUGAUCCAAACUUUGACGAAGCACAUCACCAUAUACAGUCCGAUAUUGAACCAAACUUAAAUAAAGCAGCUCACCAUAAAAAAUCAGAUGCCUCCUGUAAGGAAAGAUGUGGUGAAAAAUAUAACAAGAAAAAUACAUGCCACUGCAAUAACAAGUGUUCUAAAUUCAAAAACUGCUGUACUGACUAUAGUGACCUAUGUGGUGGAGAUACCAGCAGCACUGAAAAGAAGAACAAAGCAGCAACCAGUUCUGACAGCAGUUCCUAUGGAGAUGCCUCCUGUAAGGGAAGAUGUGGUGAAAAAUAUAACAAGAAAAAUACAUGCCACUGCAAUAACAAGUGUUCUAAAUUCAAUAACUGCUGUACUGACUAUAGUGACCUAUGUGGUGGAGAUACCAGCAGCACUGAAAAGAAGAACAAAGCAGCAACCAGUUCUGACAGCAGUUCCUAUGGAGAUGCUGAUAUCACUAAUGAGGAGAUAAAGGCAAUAUCUGAAAAGUUGUAUCAAUCAGACAUUAACAAAGCAGCAGAAUCAGAUAUCGUAUUGAACAAACAGGAAUUGGUAAAGAAAGAUACGACUAGAGAAGACCUCUGUGAUGAACCAUUGUAUAAGUUUGUGAAUGAAGAAUUGUUUAAAAAACCAACGUAUUCCGCAUUCCUAAACCUGCUGGACAAUUAUGACAGGAAGACAGGGAUAGAUGAAAGCUACAACCCACAGGAGGUGAAAGAGCAGGAACAUUUCUUGCAGGAAGUGAUGAAGACGAAACCUUUAAAGGAGCUUUAUACGUUUUUCAACCAGAAAGGCCUAUACACUUCAGAAAAGGAGUUUGCUGAUGACCUGCAGAAGAUGUGGUUUGGACUUUAUUCCAGGUCCUCUGGAGAAGAAGACUCAAGUGGAUUUGAGCAUGUGUUUGUGGGGGAAGUAAAGAAAGGCAAAGUGUCUGGAUUCCAUAGCUGGAUCAGAUUUUAUCAUCUGGAGAAGAAAGGAAUGUUGAAUUAUUUCAGCCACAAUUAUGAUGGACCGUGGGAAACGUAUCCAGAUGUGCUGGGUAAGCAGUUUCAUUGGGAUGGUUUCUUAAAAGAGGUUGGCUCGCAGUUCAUUGGAUCAAGCCCUGAAUUUGACUUUGCAAUGUAUUCCUUGUGCUUCAUUGCUCGUCCUGGUAAAAAGUGUACAAUCUCUAUGGAUGGACAUGAAAUAGCCAUUCGAACUUAUGAAUGGACCAAGAACACCUAUGGAAAGGGCAAAUGUUAUAUCGCCACAGCCUACCCCGAGGUUUAAUCUAGUGACUGACAAUAUCACUUUAUCACAAAAAAAAAAAAUGCAGCUGUUUCUUCUACACAUUCCAGGAGGCUAUUUUGUGAAAUGGACUGGAAUUUCGGAGAAUGCACCCAUUCUAUAUGUUAGUAUAAUGUUUGUUGAGGCAAAAGAGACCAGACAAUGAAACAGGUCAGCUUGUCACUUGUGUUAUUAACAUUCUGCCCUUCCUUGUGUGGCCUUUUUACAAAUACAGGUCAGCAAACAGAACAGACCCUUUUUAACAUAAGAUAAGCUAAAAAUCCAUUUUAAAGAGAAUGCAUGUGUUUUCCUAUAUUUUCUUUUUUAUGUUCAGGACUACAAAAAUACAGUUUACAACAAAACACUUGUUUUUCUUUUUAAUUGGGUUAACAUGAACUUUAGGAACGAAUGUAAUGUUUAACAAUUUUAUUGAUUUGCUACAAUGUUGUGAAUAGGCUGUACUGUGAAGAGGCCAGAAUAAUCGGAGAGCUCUUGCUGGACUUUCCUAUUUUAAAGCUCAGCAUGUUCUGUAAACGGAUUAUCAUGGGACAAACAUGUAUUAGAUGUUUAUUUGUGAAAUAAAGAAUGAAAUUAAUAAUUAAAUAUA